UUUUUGUUUGAAUGAUCACGAUCAUCAUUACAACAUUGAUUUAGAGAGUUUUUUUUAAAAACAAUAACAACAACUCUUUUUUGCCAUAAUAUCAUAGUUGAAUUUCAUUUCAUUUUGGAUGUUUAAUCUUUAUCCAUAUUGAUUUGUUGAUAUAAUUUUUGUUUUCCACAUUGCUGUGAUUCCAUUUGCAUAGAUUUACUUGUUUGUUUUCGUUUUAAAAUUUUCAAUCAACCAUAUAACCUAUAGUGUUGUUGGUGGGACAAAAAAAAAGUGAGAAAGAAAAGAGUGAAAAUGGCAAAAUUAUUAUCCAUAUUAUUAUUAUUAUCCUGUUAUUACAUCUCAACCGUGAUAAGUUCCGGUUGGAGUUAUAAGGAACAACAAAAUUGGGCAAAUGGUGAAAAUCAAUGUGAUGGAAGUAGUCAAUCACCAAUCGAUUUAAUUACACAGGAUGUUUUCUAUAAUAAUACAUUGAAAUUGGAUCUCAUCAAUUAUGAUCAACCACUUAUUAGCUAUAAAGUAACAAAUAAUGGACAUUCAAUACAAUUUGAUUAUACGGGUGAUGUUGAUUCAGCACCGGCAAUUACUGGUACCGUAUUAAAUAACGGAAUAUUUCGUCUAGCACAAUUUCAUUUCCAUUGGGGAAUGGCCAAACAUAUUGGUUCCGAACAUAAAAUCAAUGGACGUGCAUUUCCUGUUGAGAUGCAUUUGGUACAUUAUAAUCAUGCUAAACAUGAAACAUUAAGCAAAGCUUUAGAAGCACGUGAUGGUAGUGUUUCAGUGUUGGGUGUAUUUUUCGAGAUCAAAAAAAUGAAUCCAGAAUUUGAAGUUAUAGGCGAUAUGAUUGAAAAAUUACAAGAAUCAACACCCGAACAAAGUCAAUUCUUGCGUGAAACAAUUACCUUAAAGAAUUUAUUGCCCGAAAAUUUGGAAAAAUUAUAUCGUUAUCAUGGAUCAUUGACAACACCACCAUGUACUGAAGGCCUUGUAUGGCUAGUAUUAAGUCAACCGAGUGAAAUUGGACGUUCACAGUUUGAAAAAUUCUUGGGCGUAAUUGAUGAACAUACUGGAGAAAAAAUGGCUAAUAAUUUUCGUAGAAUUCAGCCAUUAAAUGGAAGAAAAGUGGAAUCAUCAUUUCAACCGGAAACGGUCAACAAAGGUUUUGUUCAAACAAUGGCUUCUAGUUCAACUAAUAUAGUGAGCUUGAUCAUAAUAUUUCUGUCUUUAGUUGGUGCAUCACCGUUCCUAUCCAUUCAUUGAUAAAUGUGUGUCUGUCUGUCUGUCUCUAUGUUUCCUGUAACCUGUAAUCCUAUAUCCGAUUCCAAUCUCAUAAUCACAACCAUCGAGGACAAACAUUCAUCGAAUUUGAU